CUGACGGCGUGGAAGCAUGGCGGAGUCGCGUGUGGUGCCCAGCGACCUGUUCCCGCUCGUGUUCGCCUUCCUGCGUGACAACCACUUCGAGGGGGCGGCGCGGGCCUUCGGCAGGGCGGCCGGAGUGACAGACCAGGAUCCUAAUGCUGCUUCUCUCUUGGAUGUCUUCAAUUACUGGCUGAAAUCCCCUGAUGCUAAGAAACGGAAGGCUGUUCCCAAUGGACCCCCUGCAAAGAAGUCCAAGAAAGAAUCUUCCUCGAGCAGUGAUGAGAGCUCCAGUGAAGAAGAUGAGAAAACCACAGCCAAGAAGUCAGCAGCUAAGUCAGCGCCUGUGCCGAAGGUGAUAGCAAAGGCAGCAGCUCCUGCCAAAAAAGCAGAGAGCAGCAGCGAGGACUCCAGCGAUGAUUCGGACUCUGGGGAGGAAGAAAAGAAGCCAGCACAGAAGGUAACCAAAGCCCAGGCCAAGCCAGCUGCCACCAAAACCCAGCCCCAGAAGAAGGCUAAGAGUUCCUCCAGCUCAGACUCCAGCAGCUCAGAGGAUGAAAGACCAAAGAAACAGCCGCAGAAGCAAGUGGCAGCUAAAACAGCAGCAAAAUCAGCAGGAAGUAAAGCUGCCCGCAAAGCGGCCAAUGGCAAGGCAGAAAGCAGCAGUAGCAGUAGUGAGGAUUCUGACAAGGAAAAGGCUGCAUCAGCAAAGGCUGUUCCCAAGAAAACACCACUGCCCAAACCUGCAGCCACCCAGGCACCCCCAGGUAAAGCCAGAGCCCCUGCCAAACCGAGCUCCAGCAGUGAGGACUCUUCUGACAGCUCGGAGGAUGAAAAGCCAGCCUCAACAUCAAAGCCGAAGCCCGGUCCGUACAGUGCGGUGCCACCCCCAAAGGUCUCAGAGCCAAGAAAGGGCAAAGCAAAGCCCUCUCUUGCAAAGGCUCCUGGGAAAAAAGCCGAGAGCAGUGACUCCUCAGACAGCAGCUCGGACAGCAGCGAUGAAAUGGAGCAGGCGCCCAAGAAGGGAACGACAGCCAAAGCAAGUCUGGCUAAAAAAAACCUUGCCCCAACACCUGCUGUUGUGACCAUCAAGAAGGGUGGAUCCAGUUCGGACAGUGACUCCGAUUCCAGCUCUGAGGAAGAGAAGGUAGUGACCAAGCUCACUGCCAAAUCACUUGCGGCGAAGGGUCCUGCCAAACCAGUGAAGGGUCCUUCCAAGCCAGGACAAGCAAAGAAAGGCUCCAGCUCCUCCUCGGACAGCUCAGAUUCUGACAGUUCUGAGGAUGAGACCCCUGCAAAGCCUGCAGUCAAACCAGCUCCACCUGCAGCCAAGAAGCCUCCUGCUGUGGCAAAGAAAGCCCAGAGCAGCUCUGACUCAGAUAGCAGCUCCAGCAGCUCUGAGGAAGAGAAGAAAGCCCCUCCAGCUAAGCCAGCCAGCAAGACAGCUAAGCCAGGGUCCAAACCCUGCACCCUGGGCCCCAAAGAGGGCAGCUCAGAUUCUGACAGCUCAAGCAGUGAGGAGGAGCAGAGCAAACCAGCAGUGAAACCAGCCAGCAAAUCACCAGGGGGCACUAAAGCUGCUGCAGGGAAGAAAGCAACUGCCGCUAACAGAAGCAGCAGCUCGUCUGACAGUUCCAGUGAUGAUGAGGAGAAGCCCAGAACAGCAGGGACUCCAGUCGCUGGGUUGAAGUCAGGGAAAGGGACACAGAACAGCUCCAGUUUGGUGAAAGAGAAACCAAAGGCUUCAUCCACACCUGCAGCCAAAUCGCCGGCUACAAAGAAGCCAGAGCCCAAGCCAGCUGGUGGCAGUGAGAGUAGCUCCGAGAGCUCCAGCGAGGAGAAGGGAAAAGCAAAUGGAGCAGGUUCGAUUAAGAAGAAGCGGAAGAGCGAAGAUGACCAGGAAUUGGAGACACCAGACAGUAAGAAAAUUAAGACCAAGACCAGAACGCCACACUCAUUUCCCAAGGUGAAGCAGCCAGCUGUUCCAUUCCGAAGAGUAAGAGAGGAAGAGAUCGAGGUGGAUUCCCGUGUAGCUAACAACUCAUUUGAUGCAAAGAAAGGAGCUGCAGGCGACUGGGGAGAAAAGGCCCACAACGUACUGAAAUUCACCAAAGGCAAAUCUUUCCGCCAUGAGAAGACAAAGAAGAAAAGAGGCAGUUACUGCGGAGGUGCUAUUUCUACCCAGGUCAAUUCCAUCAAGUUUGAAAGUGACUGAGCUGCAGUUGGCUUGGGAGUCCAUCCCCCAUCCAUCCCCCAAAGCCAGCUGGAUGGACAUGUGAACAGAAUGGACAUGGUAGACCCCAAUCCUGCCUGGAACUUAAUCCUCCCCUCUCUCUUGUGGGGAGAAAGUAGCCCUUGCCAUAGGAUGUGGAAGAGCGGCUGGAUGCUCCCACGUUAUUUCUGACUAAUUCUGGCAUAGCGCCUGGUAAGAGCCUUCUUAGAGCUGGUGACACCAGAUCCUACCCGGGUGUCCUAAUUUUGUACAGUUUUAUUUUAAAAGGCUGGUGGUGCCAUGGAGUUCAGGUUCCCGCCCACCUUGUAAAGCAAAGAAAAUUUAUAUUUUCAAUGAAUCCGUUUCUUUCUUUUCCAGCCAGUUUAACUGUUGAGACCUGUGAAAUUUAAAGUACUGUAGCUUGUUUGUGGCAAGGCCUGAGUGACCUGCAGUUACAGCUCCCUCGCUGUGCACCUCCAGCUUUACAAAGCACAGCUCCAGAGGGGCAGAGUUUCUUCUACUUCCCUCUCUCUUUAAGGCCCCCUCUUUCAGCGACCUUCUCUUCACCCAGGGCAGACCCUGCUGGUGCCAUUAGGCAGGGUAGCUAGAGAAGCAAAGUGCUUUUCAGCCCAGGGCAUGUUGCCACCAGCGUGAGAAGCUCAGGGUUGAGGUUGGUAGGACUUCCCUCUUCCUCCUGCACCUUUGGCACUGAUGUCAGAAGCUCAAAGCCCCAAACUCUGGGGGAGUUUCAGAUGUGGUGUUCUUUCAUAGGGGAGGCACAGGCUAUGGAAGAAAUGGGGACACUCCUGGCUGCUUGGCCACUUUGGGGUUUGGAGAAUCCCUUGGCCCAAUAGAAAGGUUAAAGAGGCAGGACAGAUAAAGCCUCUGCCCCCAGCCUCCUUCCUCACCUAGCUCUCCACUCCCUUAACUCUGGGAUGUUCUGACAUCAAUGAUUUCCCCAAGUCUUCUCUAGGAAUCUGACUCCCCAACACAUGCUUUGUCCUAGCCAUGUGCAAUGCAGCUGGUGGGAGGUUGAGAUGAAUGUAACACGAUUUGCCUUAAACUUCUCCCCUUGGCUGGAUCAGUUGCCCUUUUCCUGCCUGAGGAGCCCCUUUGCAAAGGUAAAAUGCCUGUUGCCCUCCGUGCUUUAGUGUCUGAAAGACCCGGUGCCAGAAUGGAGACAGCAAGCAGAAGUUAGUCCUGGCUUUAAGUACAAGACAGGCAAGUUGCUGCUUGGGGUGCUGCUCUCCAUUGCAACACAGCCUGAUCUCCAGCAUGGUUGAGAGCCAGAGGGCCAGGUAACCCAGGGCCUCAUUUCCAUCCUCCCUUUCCCUCCCAGCAGGAUGGAGCCCUACAGAUCUUAGACAGCUCUGCCCCCAGCGAAGGGCCCUGCUGUUACAGGAGGCCAGGUAUGUGUGAGAAGCAGUGCCAGAUAAUUGAGGGUUGGAGGUGACUAACAAGCCACCCCCAUGCACAUUAACUAACUGCAACUUGUUGGAAAGAGCAUCUCAGCACCGCGCCUUCAUGCUUGCACAAUAAGCCUCAUCACUGGCUUCUUUCCAUGCAGCAAUGCACAUGCUCAGGAAACCAGGGCUAUUCUGUAGAGUUGGAAGGUGGGAAGAAAAUACCCUCUGCCUUCCUGGGUAGGCUUUUGGAGCAUAGUCCCAGCUGGGACCUGUCAAAUACCCUUCUCUGUCCUCCUCACCUGGCACGUGAAAGACUGAACUGUCAACAUUUUAAAGAGUUUUAAGUUUGGGGGGGUUGAUGUGUGAGCACACAAGUGUCUCCUACAAUAAAGAAGCUUGUGUUUGUAA